AUGUGUCACUAUGGAGACCUUAGAUGAUCUCACUUCAGUUCUUGAGCAGCAUAUUAGACAGUUUGAGUCUGGUCCCUUUGGCUGUAUUUUGCUUACCGUCUCUGCCAUUCUUUCCAGAACUAUUGCAAUUAUACAAAGUGAUAUGGAUGUGCCUACUUCCACCCUCAUCGGAGCUCACGGCUACUGCACACAGGAAUUGGUCAAUCUUUUGCUUUGUGGACAGGCCGUUUCAAAUGUCUUUGAUGAUGAAAUGAAGCUUGAUUCCGGAAAUGGAAAUUUUACAUUUCUGAAGGGAAUUAAAGCACGUUGUAAUAUUGGGCUGCUAUCUUUAUUUGAACACUAUAAUAUAUGUAAGAUUCCUCUCUUUUUAAAGGUUGGAUCUCACCUGAAAACUCCCAAGUUUCCAAUUUGGGUAGUGUGCAGUGAGAGUCAUUUCAAUGUGCUUUUUUGCCCCUCUGAAGACCUGGCAACCGAUCACUGCAAAGAGGAAGAGUUUGACUUGUACUAUUAUGAUGGCCUGGCCAACCAGCAGGAACCAAUUAGAUUAACAGUCUAUCCACAUUCUGCUGCUGGUGCUGCUCCGAAUGACAACGCAGACAGUGAUCUCAUUUCUCCACUGGAGCUUUGCAUCAGGACGAAAUGGAGAAAUGCAGUGGUCAGCUGGAAUAAUACAGAUCCCAUUCUUUGAUAAUUCACGUAAAGGAGAUUUUUAUUUGACCCCAUAUGAUUUUAUCUGGUCUUAAACAAAUUUCAAGUAGGUUUUAUAUUUAAAUAGGUUUAGUAUUUAUUUUGUCUUUUAUGAUUGCUGCCAUUCUCAAUAUUUAUAGUAUUUUCAUCAGUCUGCUGCCCCUCUUGCUUGUUUUAUACUUUAUAUUUAUUGACAGUAUGGCAUUAGGAACUGUUAUGCUUUGACAGACUUUUUAAAAACGUUUUUUACUUUAUUCAAAUCAUGAUUAAAUUAUCAGACAGAAUGACUUGUGAUGUGUAAAUAAUUGGCAUUGUUCACUCUCUAGUAAUUAAAGGAUUAGUUCACUCAAAAAUUUUAAUUCUGUCAUUGUUUACUCACCCUCAUACCGU